GGGCGUCAGAGGCGGUGUCAGGGGAGGCGGCAGCUCCAGAGAUGGCAGUGAGCGAGAGGAGGGGGCUCGGCCGCGGGAGCCCCGCGGAGUGGGGACAGCUGCUCCUUCUGUUACUGCUGUCGGGCAGCUGCUCGGGGCGCAUCCACCGGCUGGCGCUGACGGGGGAGAAGCGAGCCGACAUCCAGCUGAACAGCUUCGGCUUCUACACCAAUGGCUCCCUGGAGGUGGAGUUGAGUGUCCUGCGUCUGGGCCUCCAGGAGACAGAAAACAAGCCCCCGCUGGUGGGGUUCAGCCUGAGCCGAGUUCGAUCGGGCAGUGUCCGGUCCUACCCAACAAGGGAUCCCCAUGAAUGCCCUCUGCAGAGAAACAGCAGCAACUUCCUGGUUCUGUUCCUCAUCGAUACCAAGGACCUGCAGGUCCAGGUGCGAAAAUAUGGGGAGCAGAAGCAGCUGUUCAUCUCUCCCGGGCUCCUCCCUGAUGUGCCCUCCAAAUCAGGGCUCCCGAAGCCAGAGCCCACAGACCCCACAAAGGCAGACAGUGGGACCUCCACAGUCAGCAAGGCCAAGACAGAGCUCACCGUAUCUCAGGCCCCCAGUGGGAAGGACAAGGAGCUGGUGCUGGGCCUGGGCCACCUCAAUGACUCCUACAACUUCAGUUUCCACAUGGUGGUCGGCUCCAGGGCUGAAGAAGGACAGUACAACCUCAACUUCCACAAUUGCUACAACUCCAUCCCUGGCCGGGAGAGGCCCUUCGACCUCACAGUGAUGAUCCGGGAGAAGAACCCAGAAGGGUUCCUGUCGGCGGCAGAAAUGCCUCUCUUCAAGCUCUACCUCAUCAUGUCUGCCUGCUUCCUGGCUGCGGGCAUCUUCUGGGUGUCUGUGCUCUGCAGGAACACGUACAACGUCUUCAAGAUCCACUGGCUGAUGGCGGCCCUGGCAUUCACCAAGAGCAUUUCCCUCCUCUUCCACAGCAUCAACUACUACUUCAUCAACAGCCAGGGCCACCCCAUCGAAGGCCUCGCUGUCAUGCACUAUAUCACGCACCUGCUGAAGGGCUCGCUCCUCUUCAUCACAAUCGCGCUGAUCGGCUCGGGCUGGGCCUUCAUCAAGUAUGUGCUGUCAGACAAGGAGAAGAAGAUUUUCGGGAUUGUGAUUCCGCUGCAGGUCCUGGCCAAUGUGGCCUACAUCGUCAUUGAGUCCCGGGAGGAGGGUGCCAGUGACUAUGGCUUCUGGAAGGAGAUCCUGUUCCUGGUGGACCUCAUCUGCUGUGGCGCCAUCCUCUUCCCAGUUGUCUGGUCCAUCCGGCAUCUGCAGGACGCAUCCGGCACUGAUGGGAAGGGUGAGCCCCUGCCAGGACGCUCCACCCCCAGACUCCUGCCUGUUCCAGUGGCAGUGAACCUGGCCAAGCUGAAGCUGUUCCGCCACUACUAUGUCAUGGUCAUCUGUUAUGUCUACUUCACGCGCAUCAUCGCCAUCCUGCUGCGGGUGGCCGUGCCUUUCCAGUGGCAGUGGCUUUACCAGCUCCUGGUGGAGGGCUCCACUCUCACCUUCUUCGUGCUCACGGGCUACAAGUUCCAGCCAGCAGGAGACAACCCCUAUCUGCAGCUGCCGCAGGAGGAUGAGGAGGAUGUGCAGAUGGAACAAGUAAUGACGGACUCUGGCUUCCGGGAAGGCCUGUCCAAAGUCAACAAGACAGCUAGUGGCCGGGAGCUGCUGUGAUAUUCUGGAGCAGCCCAGCAUCCUUGGCCUUUCUCCAUCCUUCACAGUGUACAUUCCUGGGGUUCCCCAAAGGCAUGGGCGGGGGGAGGCCAUGGGGACAAGGCACCAGCUCCAAGCCUGGGCAGGAGUCCACUCAGAAGGCAGCAGGCCUCCAUCCCCCCCAUGCCGGGCAGCUGUCUUCUCCAGUCUCCCCCACCCCCAGCUGUACAAUACGAACAGUCG